AACUAGAUAAAUGUCCAUAAAAUCAGAUCUAUCAACUAGUCAACACACAGAAAUGGAGAAAGCAAAGAUAACCCAUCAUCAAUCUCACUGUUUGGCUUUAGCCUAUCCAACCCAAGGCCACAUUAAUCCUAUGCUCCAAUUCUCCAAGCGGUUAGAACAAAAAGGUGUCAAAGUUACACUGGUUACCACCAAAUCCAUCUGCAAAACCAUCCAUUUUGGUUGUCUUACUUCCAUCCCCAUAACUUUCGAGACCAUUUCUGAUGGCUACGACGAAGGCGGGCUGGAAGAUGUAGAAAGCAUUCAGGCAUAUUUGGAGAGCUUUCGGCUAGUAGGUUCACAAACAUUGAUGGAGCUCCUUAAGAAGAUUUCUAGAUCAGGAUUCCCAGUUGAUUGUAUUGUUUAUGAUGCAUUCUUGCCUUGGGCUCUAGAUGUGGGUAAGAAAUUUGGACUUAAAGGGGCUGUUUUCUUCACUCAAUCUUGUGCUGUUGGCACCAUAUUAUAUCAUAUACAUAAAGGGUUGCUGAAAGUUCCUCUUUUGGAAUCAGAAAUUUUGCUUCCUGGUUUGCCUUCAUUGGAACCUUCAGAUAUGCCAUCGUAUGUUUAUGAUUUGGAAUCGUACCCGGCUGUCUUUAAACUGCUUGUGGAUCAAUUCUCUAACAUUAACGAAGCUGAUUGGAUCCUCUGCAACACAUAUUAUGAGCUGGAAAAAGAGGUGGUUGAUUGGAUGAUGAAGAUAUGGCCUUUGAGGACAAUUGGACCAAGUAUCCCAUCAACGUACUUGGACAAGCGACUUGAAGAUGACAAGGAAUAUGGGUUUAGCAUUUUCAAUCCAAACGUUGAUGCUUGCAUAAAGUGGCUAAAUGAAAGAUCAAAAGGGUCUGUUGUUUAUGUUUCGUUUGGUAGCCUAGCAGUUCUUGACGUGGAGCAAAUGGAGGAACUAGCAUGGGGUUUGAAGAAAAGCAAUUGCCACUUUCUUUGGGUGGUAAGGAAAUCACAGGAAGCUAAGCUCCCAAAAGGAUUCUUGGAUGAGACAUCUGAGAAGGGUUUGGUGGUUUCAUGGUGUCCACAGAUGGAGGUUUUGGCUCACAAGGCAAUUGGAUGCUUCAUUACUCAUUGUGGUUGGAACUCAACCCUUGAAGCUUUGAGCUUGGGGGUUGCAAUGGUGGCAAUGCCACAGUGGACCGACCAAAGCACCAAUGCAAAGUAUAUAAUGGAUGUUUGGAAGCUGGGAAUUAAAGCUCCCACUAAUGAGAAAGGAAUUGUAAAACGAGAAGCAAUAGAAUAUUGCAUACGGGAAAUAAUGGAGGGAGAGAGAGGGAAAGAGAAAAUAUUUAAUGCUGAUAGAUGGAGGAUAUUGGCCAAGAAGGCAGUAGAUGAAGGUGGAAGUUCUGACAUGAAUAUUGAAGAGUUUGUAACCAAACUGAAUUUGAUCAAAGCUUGAGUUGUUUGUUAACAUUUUAUUAUAGAUUUCUCUCUGUAUUAGGU